CCUGCAAUGGCACCAGUGGCUCGUCCCUCUAAAAACGGUUUCGGCGCUGAGGAAGAUGACUACUAUGGCAUCAAAGGCGACAGAAAGACGAGGAAGCCGUUGGUGGAAAAGAAGAGACGAGCGCGCAUCAAUGAGAGUCUGCAAGAGCUCCGGGCUUUACUAGCAGAUACAGACUCUAAGAUGGAAAACGCAGAGGUUCUCGAGUUGACGGUUAAACGGGUGGAGAACAUCCUACGGAACCGUUCGCAUGAGGCCGACACCAUGAAUCGCGAGGCCAGCGAGAGAUUUGCGGCAGGCUAUAUCCAGUGUAUGCAUGAGGUGCACACGUUCGUGUCUACAUGCCCAGGUAUUGACGCAACCGUGGCCGCAGAGUUGCUUAAUCACCUGCUGGAAUGCAUGCCGUUAAACGAAGACCAUCUGCAGGACGUCAUUCUGGACCUAAUGUCGGAUGCCCCUACCUCCACCGGAGCAUGGCCGACCGGAGAGGCCCUUAGCCCGACUCUAGGCUCUCCAGGAGGCCGCAGCGUGUCCAGCUUGUCCUCAGCACUGUCCCCGACACCCUCCACUACAUCUAGUGAAGAUCUCUGCUCAGACCUGGAGGAGAUUGAGCACGACCCGGGCACUGGCCCCGUCGAACGAGGACAGAAUACAGCAACCAUCACCUAUUCAAAGUCCAUGUGGAGACCGUGGUAA